UGAGCGCAGGGAGCAGAGGUAUCAUCAGUAAAGAUUGGUUCGGUGUGGAAUUAAAAGCCCCUGCCUCUGGAUUGGUCAAGCCGCGGGCUCAGUGGGGGUCUUUAUGUCUGUCAUCCCUCAGUGCGCGCGACUGUGACCGAGCACUAGUCAGCCGCCUGAACGAACGCGCCGACAGAAUCAAUAACCAAUCAAGAACCACUGACGGACAACACGGGUUUAUAUUUCUGCUUCACGGGGCUGCCUUUUCUUCCUUUGUUACGUUAAUGGGAUCCCCUGCUUAUUAUAUUAUUAUAUUCACUCUUUCCAGGAGUUGUCAAGUCUAACGGGAAUGCAGUGCAGUACUGAAUGUUAUAGAAAAAAGGCCAAGGAACACAUGUAACGUCGACUGGACAAUCGCAUGGGAUCAUAAUGGAUUUUUAUUUGUUCAUUAGUUUUUAUUUACCACUCAAUCACUCUAAAAGAUCUGAGGCGAAAUUCUCAUGUCUAUUAAUUUAAAUUUUUGCACAGUUCCAAUUGGCAGUUCAACAGGCUGAAAGAUUCUUAUUUCUGUUACAAACACAUCGGUUUAAAGUCUUCUGGUAGGGCUGACACCGAGUUGGCUGUUGCGUGGAGCUGCAGCUAUGUACAUUGAGGCGGGGCAUGGUCCUUUCUCCCUAGCGACCUCACCAUGCUGAAAAAUGUUUUCGAUGUGUUGUACAUGAUUCUGGAGCUGCUGAUUGCCCUGCUCUCGGUCCUGGGCAACGUGCUGGUCUGCUGGGCAGUGGGCCUCAACAGCAACCUCCAGAGCAUCACCAACUUCUUUGUUGUUUCUCUGGCCGUGGCGGACAUCGCGGUGGGUGUGCUGGCCAUCCCCUUCUCCAUCGCCAUCAGUACCGGUUUCUGUGCCAAUUUCUAUGGUUGCCUGUUCAUCGCUUGCUUCGUCCUUGUGCUGACCCAGAGCUCCAUAUUUAGUCUUCUGGCCAUCGCCAUUGACCGCUACAUUGCCAUCAAGAUCCCGCUUAGAUACAACAGCCUCGUAACUGGGCAGCGCGCCAGAGGCAUCAUCGCGAUCUGCUGGGUACUGUCAGUUAUCAUUGGUCUAACACCUAUGCUGGGCUGGCACAAAACCCGCUCACAAGCGGCCCAAAAUGGCACUUGCCCACCCGGCAUGAUGGAGUGUUUGUUCGAGGAGGUGGUGGUCAUGGACUACAUGGUCUACUUCAACUUCUUUGCCUGCGUUCUGGUGCCUCUGCUCCUCAUGCUGGCCAUUUACCUACGCAUCUUUAUGGCUGCGCGCCACCAACUCAAAUGCAUUGAGUCCAAAGCCAUCCCGUGUGAACUCAAGUCCCGCUCCACCCUACAGAAAGAAGUCCAUGCGGCGAAAUCGCUAGCCAUCAUCGUUGGUUUGUUCGCCGUUUGUUGGUUGCCCCUUCACAUCAUCAACUGUUUCACUCUGUUCUGCCCUGAAUGUGAUCGGCCGCCUGCUCUGAUCAUGUAUCUGGCUAUAAUCCUCUCACACGCAAACUCAGUGGUCAAUCCCUUUAUUUAUGCCUACCGCAUACGAGAGUUCAGACAAACUUUCCGGAAGAUCGUCCGAUAUCAUAUUUUGGGCAGAAGGGAGCCUCUUUCUUGCAACGGAAGCACUCGUACUUCAACCCGAACGAGCGUAGCGGAUUCGCUCCGGAUUAAAGUCAACGGUCUGGUGCGAGAACUGUAUGCAGAGCAGAGCAGCACUACCAGCAGCUGUGAAAGUGCUGAACCCGGACAUACACACAGAACAGUAAGCACUGAAAACUCCAUUUUAGACAACCAGCCAAUAGAAAUCAGUAAUUCCCACAGACACACGGCACAGAGGCAUCCGGAGUCGCCGCUCACAGGGAAUAAUGAGGGCCUUGAGUGCAGGAAGCAUGCUGGAUUUGACGUUACGGAUGGGAAGGACUUGUCCUCGCCGCUUCAUAUUAAAUCAGCUCUGUAUGUACAGACAGAUCACUGUGUUGAACUCACAGAGGUUUCCUGAUGAAUAAUACUUUCUUAUUAGUGGAUUGGAAUGAUUAUUUAUUUGUUGCUCAAAGAACAGUACGCUGAAAUAUGAAUGAUGAAUAUUUUUCGAUGUGGCAUGUGUGGACCUUUUGAAGCUCAGCACAGAGAACAGUUUGAUGUUGUAAUGUAAUAAUGUAAUGUAAAAAAUAUUAAAGAGCAAGACAUGGCUGACUGAAAUGAAA